GCGACUCGCAUUCUGUUACUGGCCACGCUGAAGAGCGGUUGUGUGUCAGUCGUGCUUCGAUCGCUGCUAUAGCGCCUCAGUGUACCUUGCCUACCCGUUCCAGUGGUGUCCAUAGAACCCUUGCCCGCGACCUCUGUCCAGCAUGCAGAGCCAGAAGAGCAGCCCUUCGGUGGCGGCCAUGCUAACCGAGGCGCACCGCCUCUACAACAUUUCGCUGAAUAAGAUCGCCCGCUCUCGCACCAUCCGCGGCGGCAUCAGCCUGCACAAGAACCUGCUUGUGGCCUCCGUGCUGCACAAGACGCGCAACCAGAUCGUGGAGGACACGCAACAGUGCUGGGCCUACUCGAACUGCGAGAGCUUGAAGCUGUCCCUCGAUGACCUGAAGGAGGACGACCUGUUGCCCGGUGAGGAUUUCCUGCAACCGGCGUCGCCGUCCGCCGAUCUCAUCUCCCUGCAAGAGGCCGAGGACUCAAGCUCUGACAAGGAAAACAGCCUGCCCACCACCUACCUGGACUUGGACUCACGCGUCCGCGAGACCGGACAGCCGACCAUCAGCGUGCUGCGUGAGAUUCGGCCGACCAACAGCGGUGAGACGCAGAACAGCCUGAAGCGUCGCAAGACGGUGAGCGAGUGGGAGACUGAGGAGGCCGUCCUGUCCAUCCUGCCCAAGAAGAGCAAGUCCCAGCUGGACGACUCGGGCGUCGCGGACCUCUUCUCCGAGAUCGAAACUGAGCUGGCCGACCCAAACGACCCGUCGACCACGAUGGAAAUCGACCGCAUCACCAGCCUUGUGUCCAUCUUCAGCUUCGGCAGCCUUGCCAACCUGGACGCUGCGGCGGCUGCUGCGUCGUCCGGCAACGCGCCGGCGUCGACGGGCAAGCUGACCCGGACGGUGUCCACGCCCGAUCUGUGCUCGGCGCAGGCAAAGGAGCAGCUGAGUGAUUCGUUAAGAGACAGAUCCGGCUUCAUCGCCAUGACCGUCUGAGAGACUUAACUUACUACGCGCGCUGCGUGUCCCGUCUGCACGCGGCCUGUCCGGCGCCUCCGAUGGACUGACUGAUAUUUUCGACGAUUAGUUGCCAGUAUUUGAACAAUUAUGUCUUAUUUAAUCACGGGCGGAAGGAGCGGAGAUUUUCUAUUUAACGAACGAACCACUUGUGAUAUUUCAGCCUUUGGACACUUUACUCCCGGCAACAGUUGAUUGUUUUUCUAAUUGGAUUUCGUUCCAACUCUCUUGUUUUCACUCAGUGCAUUUCGUUUCGUUUUCAAUGAGCCUACCGCCUCCGCCGAUUCCCAUUUUCCAAAAUGUGUACUUAUCACACCGCAAGGCAAUUUUGUAAUUAAGGUUAGUUUAGGUCAGUUACGCGCUCUUUAUAGGGUUCGUGGCGGACGCUGAUAACUACGACGAAUUGUAUAUAACUGAAAAUUAGCAGUUAAGUAAAAUAUCCCGUGCAUAGGUAUGCACGCUGCAUCAGAGAAGCGGAGCGCGCGCGCGCUGUUGCUAUUUCCUUCCAACGACAAUUGCUGGCUGCUUUGCUACCUUUGAUUUCCCCCAAUGUGCAACCUCCCCUGUUAUUUAAAAGAGAUCCAGGUGCAGAGCACAGUUGCCACAGCUCGCGCGCGCUUACGCUGCUAACUGGGCGAGCGAGCGAGGACGCAGAAUACACAAUACACACACACACACACAUACACUCGCUCAACACAAAAAGUGGAAAAUGUAUACACACACUGCGCCCGAAGCAUGACGCUGCCGGUGUGUGCGGUUUUUCUCAACUUGAUUUUAAACUUCGGCUCCGUUUUAGGGGCCACUGCGCUGUAGUUGGUUAGCAAUUUACUCUCUCUGUGCAUCUUAUUAUAAAUUUAUUAUUUUUUUAUCAAUAAAAUGAACAAAAUAAAAAUAA